CCUAUUUCCGGUAACCGGGUCAUGGACGAAACUUCUAAAGGCAUGUUAUGCAGUUAUGGUUGAACAUUUUGUCGGCUUUACGUUUAACUGUCAACGAUAUCAUGCUUCUCAAUAGAACUGAUCUUACAUAAUGAUUUAAUUUAAGUGACUGUAGUUUCCGUAGCGAAGACAACAAACAUGGGCUUAUUCUAGAUAUUUUCUGUCGAUUCCGGUUCAUUUAAAAAAAAAAUAUUAUCAUUACCAUCUCGACUUCGAGUCUUCUCAAUCUUCGUUGAUCGAAGUUUAGGCAAUCAUCUUCAUUAUUUGAUUUAAAUUGAAUAGCUAUAUCACUGGCCGAAAAGUUUAUGAAGAAGACAAUACCACAUUACAAUUAGAAUACAAGUCAAAGGUACUGGUUAAUCAGAUAUAUCUGUGUGUAGUUAGUUUGAUAGAAUUACUUGUAAACAUGUCUCGAUCUUCUGAAGAAGUGCUCUUAAUUGUGAACCAUGUUCGUCAAAGAAAGACUGAUGGAACAUUGUAUAUGAUGGGAGAAAGAUUGGCAUGGAUGCCAGGUGGCAAAGAUACUUUUACUAUCAGUCAUUUAUAUGCAGAUAUAAAAUCUCAAAAGAUAUCUCCAGACACAAAAGAAAAGGUCCAGUUACAGUUGGUGUUUAAUGAUGGUGGUGCCAAUACUUUUCAUUUCAACAAUCCAGAAGGUCGACCAGCUAUGAUAACAGAUCGUGACAGUGUUAAAGAAAUCCUUCAACAACUUUUACCCAAGUUUAAACGUAAAAUCAGCAGUGAGUUGGAAGAGAAAAAUAGAAUAUUACAAGAUAAUCCUGAAAUAUUUCAACUGUACAAAGAUUUAGUUGUUAGUCAAGUGAUAUCAGCAGAAGAAUUCUGGUCGACAAUCUCAAAUAGAUUAUCAAAUAACAGUAAAGCAGAAGCUAAACAAACCGUAGGAGUUUCACCAGCAUUUUUGGCUGACAUCAAGCCCCAGACAGAUGGUUGUAAUGGUUUAAAAUAUAAUCUCACUGCUGAUAUAAUAGAAUCUAUUUUUAAAACAUAUCCUAUGGUUAAAAAGAAACAUGCCGAGUCUGUACCCCAUCAACUAUCAGAGAGUGAAUUUUGGACACGGUUUUUCCAGUCACAUUAUUUUCACAGAGAUAGAAGUAACCUGAGCAGUAAAGAUUUAUUCUCUGAUUGUGCUAAAAAUGAUGAAGACGAAAUGAAAGUAGAAAUGUCAAAAAAAGUAUGCAAUCCAUUGAUGGACUUGACUUUAAUAUCUGAUAAUUCUUUUGGAGAGGAAUAUAGAGUUCUAUCAGAAGAUACAAAAAAAUCAUCAAAUGCAAUUAAUUUAUCAAUGAUUCGUCGAUUCAACCAUCAUUCUACUAUGGUGCUUAAAGCUUGUGAAAACAAUUCUCAAACAAAUUCAUCUUGUGAUAACAAUGGUGAUAGUAAAAGUGACAAUUCCAUACAGGGUAAUGGUGUUGAAAGUGCUAAUAGUAGUAACAAUAAUAAUAUAAAUGGACACAUAUCUGAUGUUAUUGCGUCUACUAGUUCAAGUUCUGCAGAGGAUCCCCCAAGAAAAAAGAAAAAAAUCCAGGAAAAAUUAGAAUUGGUAGAUUUACAUAAUGAAUCUAAGUCUGAUUCAGUGAAUUUAAGAUUGGAAAAAAUGGAGCGGUAUCUUCAUGGUCCAACUCCUAUUACAGCAGUGAAAUAUACAACAAGCAGAGCUGUACUAGAGGCGUCAGAGUCUGUACAUAAUGAUGUAGAACAGUGGUCAACAGAUCUGUCCAAUAUAUUAUCAGGGAGUAGUGCUGUUAGUGUUUUAGGAGAAUUGUCACCAGGUGGGGUACUUAUGCAAGGUACCAGUCAUCAACAAUUACAUCAAAUGAUACCUAAAGAAAUUCAACAAGAGAUACAACAACAGUAUUCUGCCUUAUGUGAACUUUUGCGUCAUUUUUGGAACUGCUUUCCUGUUUCCUCAAAAUUUUUAGAAGAAAAGGUGGUGAAAAUGAGAGCAACCUUAGAAAGAUUUCAACUCGCUAAAUUAAAUCCAUUAAAAGAUAAACUCAACGAACAUCAUUAUAAUAUAAAUUUAAUGGGUCAUCUAGAAGAUAUGUUAAUGGCUGCUUAUUCUAAAUUUGAAACGUGGCAGUUGAAAAAGAAAUCAAAGAGAUGACAUAAACUUUAUAAAAAUUACUGUGAAGAAAUACGCCAAAUUUGUGAUGGAGAAUGUGUGCUAGCUAUGUGAACACCACUCCCCAAAACUAGUACUUAUGUUUCAAAUUUGAAAGUGGACUGGUGAGUUAUUGAAUUGAAUAAAAUAAAGUCAAAUGAGAUAUUAAAAUGGUCUAAAAUGUU